CUUACGUCGGAUGUAUCAUUCAUUCGUAUUACGUCACAUAUAAUUGUCGUUAUCUUUAAAAAAAAUGCCCGAAAAAAGGUGGUUCCGCGAGUUUUUAAUUGAAAUUACAUUAUCAUCUCAUAUAAGUGAGUGACAUUAAAGGCUAAUUGUAUUUAUUCUUUCGGGAAUAUGAAUGUACUGUACUGUACAUGUAAACACAGGUUACACGUGAUUACACACAUGUGAAUUAUUAUAUAAUUUUCAGUAUCGAUAGAAAUGUAUGCAUGUAUUUACAGUAUAUAUCUCGUGUAGUAUCUCUGCAUACUUACAUUGCUAAAAUAUUUGAUAAGAGAUUAAAUUCAGUGUUUUAACUAAAUUCCAAUGCUAAUAUACACAGUCUUUUAUAUAUUAAGAAUUAGAAGAUCAGUUUUUUAAAAUCUAAAAGUAAAACUGAAUAGUUACAUAAAUUCUAUUAUAUAGCUAUAAAUUGAAAUUCAGUGGUGCUAUCACAGAUGAAUUGUUGUUUAAUGUUAUAUUUAAUUGGAUUUCACUGUGAAAAAGGAAUCUUCACUACUAAUGGAAAAUUAUUGUUUUAUAUACUAUGAAUGUUGACUCAUUUACAAGAAAUUCAUAAUUAUUUUGAUAUAUAAUUUCAUAUUUUUUGUUACAAAAUUAAUUUAAAGUUUAGUAAAAUGACUUUGCCAUUAUCAAUUUACUCAGCUUAUGGCUCUCUGGCUUUGUUUUUAUCAAUCCUUCAUAACAUUUUUUUAUUGUAUCAUGUAGAAACUUUUGUAUCUAUUUAUAAAAUAGAUCAGCAGACUUUUUGGAUUGGGGAAACUAUCUUCUUGCUUUGGAAUUCAUUAAACGAUCCUUUAUUUGGUUGGAUAAGUGAUAAACAUUUUCUUACUAAAAAAGUAUCUAAUUCAGGAACAGCAAUUGUUAUUCAUCGCAUUACUGCCUUAGGAAAAACUGGUCCUUUAUUUUCAAUGGCAUUUUUAUUAUUUUGGUAUCUCUGGAUUCCUGCUGGCAUACAAUUUGUAAUUUGUCUUUGUUUAUAUGAUAGUUUUUUAACAAUUAUUGAUCUUCAACAUACAGCUUUAUUAGCAGACCUGGCUCUGUCUUCAAGAUUACGUGCCAAACUUAAUUCAUAUAAUUCAGUUUUCAGUUGUCUUGGAUCAUCAUCUGUUUUUCUUUCAUAUCUCUUUUGGAGUCAUGAUGAUCCUGUUUCAUUUAGAAUAUUCUGUUUAGUCCUUGCCAUCAUUUCAGGCAUUGGAUUCAAAAUUUGUUGUUAUUAUCUUACUACAUAUUAUAAAUCAUCUGCAUCUGUUACUGAAGAAAAAUAUAGAUCCAUUACAGAAGUUAAUCCAUCAUUAACAGAAACUCAAAAUUUGAAAUCCUAUAUUAAACAACUUAGCUCUCAUCCAAAUUUCUUAUGGUUUACUGUUAUGAAUCUUGUUCAGUAAUCGUAUAUUUACGGAAGGAACUUGCAAAUUAUUAAAUUUAAUAAUUAGCGAUUUGGUAGAUGAAGAUAUGGUAAUCCACAAUCGUCCUCAGGCAGUAUCUGCUCUUAUAUUUGGUACAUCAUCUCUUUUAUCUAAACCAGGACAAACAAUUGCUCCUGUUUUAGGUACAUGGUUGUUAUCUUGGUAUUCAGGUAAAGAACUUUUUACCUCUCAAGAAAAUGAACUCUCUCUCUCACUUGGACGCAGUCAAAUCAUUAACACUCCCAUUUACAGAGAAGGGUGUUUUUGGCUUCUUGUGACAAUGCCAUUAAUAUGUGCCAUUAUUCAGUUAUUGACAUGGACACAAUUUACUUUACAUGAUUAUAGAUUGCGACAAAUCAAGCAUAUUAGAUGUGCUGCAGAAUGUGGAAAUUAUAAUCAGACUAUAUAAAAUAUAAAAUUUCAUUCAUAUCAUAAUUUUUUUAUAUAUAUAUACUUAAUGAUAUAAGUAUUAUAAAAUAUAUGUAUACACUUAUUUUUAAUAAUUACGAAUAAGUUAGCUUUAAAUUUAAAAAUUUGUUAAUUAUGAAAAAAUGAAAAUUUUGUAGACCAAAGAGACAUUUUAAAUAAGUACACUAGAAUCUUGCUAAUUCAACCAUUCCUUGCACACAAGUGCCAGAUUAGUGAAUGUGUAUAGGCCUAAAGUUUGCCUGAAGGCAAUAAAUGGCAUGCCCUGCAGCCCUUUGGUACUGGUUCUUUUUGGAGCUGUACUGUUUUUUGUUGUUAUGAAAUUAUGUAAAGAUACAAUAAUUAUAAGUUUAAUUCUUUAUUAAAUUUAGUGUUACAAGUUUAAUGUAUUUAAAAAAAUAUAAGGGAGAAACAUACUAUAAUGGGGUAUGCCAGAUAAUUGAGAGGCCAGGACCUGGAUUCACAAACACUUUGUAUCAUAACUUAUGACAAAAUUCAUUGUAAGUUGUCAGAAACAAAAAGUCUUGUAUUCACAAAGUAAAUUGUAAGUUACAAUAUUGUAAGAAGUCUCAUACAAGAGCUAUUACAUAUCAUAGUAUGCCAAUAGAAAGUACUGGAAAAAGUGGUGUCAAAUUAUUUGGCUCUAUUAAUAGAUUAUCACGUCUUUCAUUUUUCCCAAUUGUCUCUUUUAAAGAUUUGAAUCCAAACUUCUUUGAUGUUAUUAAAUGCCAAAAAAAA